AUGGCUCCAAACGCAACCCAGACACUUAAGAAAGAGAUAUUGGAGAUCCUGGGAGCACCAAAGAAGAGGGAUUACGCCUGUCCUGUCAAGACGGGCACGCUGGCAGCACAGAAGGCCCCACUUAAGAAGAAAGAACCUGCUACUCUGAAGGGCAUGUCUUGUGCGCCCACUUCCCUGCAGGCACAUCUAUUGGGUCCCUUAGUCAGGCCGGAGAAAAGAUACAGCAAACCUCAGAAAGCCGGACUCCCACUGCCCCGGUUCGUGAAAGUAUUCGCGGCUCUGGUGGUUGCCCUUGCUCUUGCUCUUUGCUUCCCACCCCCUGCGACAGGUCUUGUCAAAGGGAGGCACACCGUUGCCAGCAUAAAGGAGUUAAGUCACCAUCGAUCACGGAGCUCAGGUACCGGAGGAGCAGCCAUAAGGUACGCCUCUGCUCAAGGCUCUCAGCAGGGGUCGCCACUGCCGAGCAGACACAAGCAGAAACCGCGCACCUCCGAAGAGGAGCUUAUCGAGGGGGGCGGGGCAACAGUGGGCCGCCGGGUCGUUUCAAAAGCGGGGAAGGGCGCAAGAUCUUUCACGGCGGUUGUGCUAUCUACCGCUGUAACGAACAUCCAUGGCAAGAUAAUCGGGGCAGCUGUUCAAAUCAUCCGCCUCUUAUCUGGGCUUCUCUUAGCCUUCGCUUUGGCCUACGUCCUUACAACGGGCUUGAAAAAUGCGUGGCGUUGGCUCGUGGCAGCGAAUUACGGCGUCACGUACAGGCCGUCGUCCCCGAUGGGCGACCAGGUCACCCUUGUCAAGGUCCAGGUGGCGUUUUCUGGAAGUGCGGCACAGUCAUUUGAUGUGAGAAUGGACAAAUAUCUGAGAAGCUCAGGGUCCAAGCUUGGGGAUCCAGCGAGCAGACAAGGAAUGCGGAGAAUCUCGAACGGGACCUUGAGUUCCAUUCUGUUGGAUUAUCGGUCUGACUGGGAAUCUCCAAAUGGCCAGAUGAUUCUCAUGGAGCGCGAGGAGGCAAAUAGAGAGUUGCAGGGUUGGGCCAUGCUGGAGGCUCAGAACUCCAAGGGACCAGUCGGCCACUUCAGGCUGCCGUUGCGUGCGCUUUACGGGAUCAGCGCUCCUGUGCCCAGUUGCUUACUCUUGGUUACACUCCUGGCAACGGUCGAGGGGUACCUGAAUAUUCAGAAUCACGAAGUCGAAAAGAAGGCCGGGGCAAAUCUCGCAGUGGCGCUGCUUCGGACUGCUCGAAUAAUUCAGAAUGAGAAUCAGGUUUUCCGGUUCACUUUUGUAACCAAGCUGGUUGACGCUUUCAGUGUGGAAUUGUCGUUUCCAAAGAGGUGA